UGCUUGCAGCUUGACAUCAGGCUUUCUCUGCCUGGUGAGGCAUUCACAUCCCAGAGCUCAUGUGCUAACAUCCAGCUUAGCUUGGCACCCCCUGCACAGUGGCCCCCGGAGGAGCUUUGGCAUUAUCUCUGAGGUGAGCAAGCGACACUAACUAAUUUAAAACUUCAACUUCACCGACAUGGCAGCAAUGGAAGCCCUGGAGUGUUCGAGCGCUCAGCUGGAGCCACACUCCCUCACUGAGAUCUCAGAAGAUGAGCUCCACAUCCCACCAUCAGACGAUGAAGAAGAUGCUCUAGCCGCGGCAAAAAAAGAGCUCACCGACAUGGCCAAGGACGGCGAAGCUGACGAAGACAAGGACGAGGCAAGCAAAGCCGACCAUCAGGUGAACGGAGUGGUGGUCUUGUCUUUGCUGGACAAAAUCAUCGGGGCCGUGGACCAGAUCCAGCAGACCCAGAGCGGGCUGGAGGCCAGGCAGCAGGAGAUGGAGCACUCGGUCACCAACAUUCAGAGCGAGCUCACCAAGCUGACCAAGAGCCACAGCACCACCUCCAACAGCGUCAACAAGAUGAUGGAGAAGGUGCGCAAAGUCAGCGUCAACGUCAAGACCGUGCGAGCCAACCUGGAGAAGCAAGGGGGACAAAUCAAGAAGCUGGAGAGCAAUGAGGCCGAGCUGCUGAAAAGACGCAACUUUAAAGUCAUGAUCUACCAGGAUGAAGUCAAGGUUCCCUCCAAACUCAACGUUUCCAAGUCCAUGCGGAUCUCUGAGUCCGCACCAGGAAGCAGAGGAGGGAGUGUUCUGGAGCUGAAGGAGGCUGCGGAGGACGAGGAGGCGGAAGAGGGAGAGAAGGAAAACAAACCCGCUGUGGACCUUUCUUCUGACGAGGAAGGCUUGGAGAUCGAGGACCCCCUUUUCGAAACCCGCGCUGAACGUUUCAAGCGCAGCAGCCUGCAGCGUGUUCAAACCCUCAAGACCGUAUUCUCCAAGGACAAGAUGGAUAAAACCCGGGCAAAGACCAAGGAGAACCUGGAGAAGACCAAACAGAAAACUAAGGAGAACCUGGAGAAGACAAAGCAGAAGACUAAAGAGAACCUGGAGAAGACAAAGCAAAAAACUAAGGAGAACAUAGAGAAGACCAAGCAGAAGACCAAAGAGAACCUGGAGAAGACCCGUCAUAACAUCGAGAAGAAGAUGGGAAAGCUUGGAACACGAAUGACCGUCAACCCCGAACGCAAGCAGAAGAUUCAGACGUCCCGUGACAAGAUGAAGAAAGCCUUCACGCCAGACCACGUCGUCUACGCCCGCUCCAAGACCGCCGUGUACAGCGUGCCCCCUUUCACGUUCCACGUCAAGAAAAUCCGUGACGGCGCCGUGGAAGUGGUCCAAGGCACUGAGAUGGUGGAGGUCUCCCAGGACGCCGAGGCCUUCAACGAAGCGGAAGACGAGGCUGACGGAGGCGAAGUGGAAGUCGAGAUGGAGAUGAUGAAUGGCGGAGGAGGGGAUGAUGAAGACGAAGACGAGGACGAGGACAGCCAAGACAUCCUGGAGGACAAAGACAGAGACAGCGACUAGAUCAAGAAACCUUCGCCAGACACGACCUGAGUUUGUACAACCUCCUUCACGGGAACGGCAGCCAAAACUACGAGAUAGCUUACAGUAUUAUCCACUGACUGGAGGACACGCAGAUCACCAACUAUCUUCAUGGACCUGAUGAACACCCCCACACGUUAGAAGAACGCUUCAAGGAUUUGAGCUGAAUGGAUGCUGAAGAUGUUACAAUGGGCGGCCAUGCUAGGGAAGCCAUUACCUCUCAUUCUCCUCUUCCAUCGCCCCUAUGCCCCUUUCACACAUGGGGAGGGAAUAACAAUUCACCCAAUCAGUCACACCGCCCCUUAGCAAAUGAACACGCUGGUCAUAAUUCAUAAUAAUGCUAUCUUUCUGUACUUUUCCAGUUAAUAUGCACGCUUUUUUUUUAUUGGCCCGCAGGAAAUAUCAUUCAACAAAAUCAGAAAACUCAGCAAUAAUUUUACCAAAGUCAAAAUCAAUUUAAGGUAUUUUUUAAAAAGCAGCAUUAAGUUGACAUAUGUUAAAAAAAACUAAUAACAUUUUUUUUUGAAAAUUUGGUUGUAAAUUAAAAUUUAUAUAUAUAUAAAUAAAGAAAUAAAAAAAUAUGUAAAUAACUCAGCAAUAAAUUUACCAGAAUGAAGUCACAAUCAAUUUAAGGUAUUUUUUAAAAAGCAGCAUUAAGUUGACAUAUGUUAAAAAAAAAACUAAUAUCAUUGUUUUUGGAAAAUUAGGUUGUAAAUUAAAAAAAAAAUAUAUAUAUAUAAUAUUAAUAAAGAAAUAAAAAAAAUAUGUAAAUUACUCAGCAAUAAUUUUACCAAAAUAAAGUCAAAAUCAAUUUAAGGUAUUUUUUUAAAAGCAGCACUAAAUUGACAUAUGUUAAAAAAACUAAUAACAUUGUUUUUGAAAAUUAGGUUGUAAAUUAUAAAAAAAAAUAUAUAUAAUAUUAAUAAAGAAAUAAAAAAUAUGUAAAUAACAUGAUUGUUUUGUAAAAAAAAUAUUUUCAAUUUUUGCUGUUUUUCUUUUUAGUCGUCUUGUUAAAUUCCAUUUUUAGAAUGUGCUGCGGGCCAAUAAAAAACAGUUGUGGGCCACGAAUGGCCCCCAGAUCACACUUUGGACACCCCUGGUCUAGAAUCAUCAUGUUUCCCGUGCAAAUGUGUUUGAUGAAUAAAGACUAAGAAGAAUCCAAGUCCAUGGAGCAGGUCUAGGGUGUCCCUGAGCCCCCCCCCAUGAAGAUUGUGCAAUGCUGCGGCCUGCGACUGUCCACUUAGUUUGUCUGCUCCAAAACACACAAGUCCACAUGUUUCUUCAAGCCUUUCAGUAUAAAAACCUCCCAACAUAACAACAUACAUGUUCAUCAGUGGGUUACUACUUGUACAACGUAUACAGUGUACAACAUAUACAACGUACUGUAUCUUAUACUGUAAGUGCCUGGUGACAUCUGUAAGUCUUUCAAUACUGAAUGUUGUGCUAUGACUGCAUUAUUUUAUCAGAUUUGAUAUAAAGAUGAGUCUCCAAACAGCUCAACCUUGCAGUGGGGAUGUGGGUGACCUCAAGGAAAUGUUAUUAAACGGCAAGUUCUACAGUUUUUUUUGUAAAUAAUUACAAUGCGGCUCAUAAAUCAUCAAUAUUUUUGAUGACCAGAGAACAUAUUCAUGCAUUCUGCAGCCUGCACAUACUCCAUUCCAUUUUACCAGUUAGUUUCUUCAGCCGGAAUUGUCUCUCUCUCUCGAAAUAUUAUUGCUUUAUUGACGCACAAUUCUCUUAGUGGUUUAACGCUCGCACGUCAACGUCAAUUAACAAUGUUGUUAUUGAUCCUUGUCAAAUCUUUCAUUGCCUAACCACUAACAAUGUCAUGAAUAAAAGCUAUUUGGUAUCACUAGA